AUGAAAAAGAAAUACCCUGAUGAACUUAAAUCUGACCCUGUCCGCGGCCGUGGCGUAUUCGCUACCAAGCCCAUUCCACGCAACGCUCUUGUGGAUAUCUCUCCUAUCCUACUAUUUCCUCACGACGAAUACAGAGCUCAUGGUCAAUUCACGGUGGCCGACCAUUAUACCUACCGAUGGAAGAACGGAUAUGCUCUAGCCCUUGGUCUAGGAUCCAUGUUUAACCAUGCCAACGAUCCCAAUGUUGGAUUUGUUCGUGAUUUCGACAACAGCCUCAUUCGUUACAUUACCCUCAGGGACAUUGCCCCGGACGAAGAACUUUGUAUAUCGUACGGCGCCAAUUUAUGGUUUGUAAAUACCGAGGACGCAGAUAAUACUGGUUCAAAAGAUAUUUCUCAAAUGGACACCGACGAAGAAGAGGACAAUGACGGCUCCUGGCUGCAGACUUUCAUGCUUGAUGAUGACUGA